AUGCCUUUACAAGUGGUUAUCUACCUGCUGAUUUAUGUUUUCUUUCAAGAUGGCUUUCAGGAGAGAUUUGCAGGAUACCAGCUUUUCGUAUCUAAUACAACCGACACACCAAAAGACGGUGUCCUCUGUUACGAGGACACUAGUAGUACUAGAGAUGAUGUACAGCUGGAGGUGACACACCAGUUCCUGCAAGUAGGUCGGUAUGUAACCGUUUACAACCAUAGAAACAACCCUAAAAGACACAACUGGUAUCAUGAUGACGCUCUUCUCGAGUUAUGUGAGGUACAGGUGUUUGGAUGUCAAGAAGGGAGAUACGGUGACGGACACUGUAACAAUCAGUGUCCAGUGGCGUGUUAUGGUGGUAACUGUAACUCGCAAACAGGUGCCUGUUUCUAUUGCUUCACAGGAAAAUAUGGCGACAACUGUACCUCGAAUUUUCCUAAGAAUUGUAAAGACAAUGUUUGUUUGAAGAACACUGGCAUUUGUUUUGAUGAUUAUUAUAUCAAUAUUUGCUGUCAGAUUGUGUUCCUCAGAAGUACGGCAUCAGAUGUGAACAGAAUUGUUCUACAAAUUGCCUGA